AUGAGAAGUGUUACUACUUAUUAUCAGUUUACAAAGUGUUUGGCAUUGUGGACAAAACUCCAGGAAAGAACAAUGAAAUCACGUGUGUUAAUUACGAGCAACGAUGUACCAUCAGCUGGUAUAGAUCUUUUGCGGACAAAAUGCGAUGUCACAAUCAUUCAAACGACUAAUCCUAGUGAAGAAGAUGUAUUGCAAGUUCUUCCUGGUCAUGAUGCAAUCUUUGUCACUAAUCAUUUAAAUAUAAAUAGCGAUUUUCUUAAUAAUGCAGGAACGUCUUUAAAAGUCGUCUCAACAAUGUCAGCUGGUUAUGAUCAUUUGGAUGUGCCCGAAAUUAAAAGAAGAGGUAUUAAAGUUGGUCAUACUCCUAUGGUUUUAUCAGAUGCAGUUGCAGAAAUUGCAGUACUUCUGGCAAUAAAUGCAGCAAGACGAACUCACGAAGGACGUUUAAAACUUGAACAAGGGCAAGUGAUGAAAAAUUUGCAGUGGUUACUUGGUCAAGAGUUAAGAGGAUCAACAGUUGGCAUUGUUGGUUUGGGCAAUAUUGGACAAGCUAUUAUUAAACGACUAAAAGGAUUUAGUGUGGAUCGUUUUAUUUAUACUGGACAUUCUCGUAAAAAAGCAGGUGACGAGCUUGGAGCACAUUUCGUGUCUCUUGACGAACUUCUUGAACAAAGUGAUUUCGUAAUUGUUUCUGCCCCGUUAAAUAAUGAAACCAGAGGAUUGUUUGAUGAUAAUACUUUUAAUAAAAUGAAAAAAAACGCUGUGUUCGUAAACAUCGCUCGUGGGCAAAUCGUAAAGACAAAUGCCUUGAUCAAAGCAUUACGGAAUAACACAAUUUUUGCGGCAGGUCUUGACGUUACAGAUCCUGAACCGUUACCUCCCGAUCACGAACUUCUUAAACUUCCUAAUGCUGUGGUCAUACCUCAUUUAGGCAGUGCUACUGUGAAGACACGAAAUGAUAUGUCUCUGACUGCAGCACAAAACAUUCUCAAUGGAUUAGAGGGUAAGCCACUGUUAUAUGAAUUGUAAAAAUUAAUAUAUUUUUCUGCAUAUAUGAAUUAUAAAUUUCUAUCAUACGAUUUAAAAUUAUAUAUUUAUUUGAAGUAACAUAACAAAACAAUGA